GUAACUGAAGACAGUGCUUUGAUCAUCAUUUCUAAGCGUUGCAUUGCUUUAUCCAAAAGUAAGAAAAUAGUGUCGGUAGCUUAGUGCAAAUAACAAAACACUAGUACUACUUUCACAGUGAGCUCUAGCACUGAGCCAUGGCUGCUGCAGAGAUUUCACUAUCACUUUCACCAUUUUCUUUACUUGUCUUAGCAAGAUUUUCAGGUUCCAUUGUUGCCCUUCUUGUUCUUACUUGGGCUCUUCACUUCAAGACUAGCUUUUACCCUCAUUCUUCUUCUAAAGAAGACCUUAUUUAUGCUGUGCUUCAUCCAUUAUUAAUGGUAAUUGGCUUCAUUCUUAUAAGUGGAGAAGCCAUAUUGGUGCAUAGAUGGUUGCCAGGUUCAAGAAAUUUGAAGAAAUCAGUGCAUUUGUGUUUGCAAGGGCUGGCCUUGGCUUGUGGGAUUUUUGGGAUAUGGACAAAAUUCCAUAGCAGAGAUGGGAUUGUGGCUAAUUUCUAUAGUUUGCACUCUUGGAUGGGUCUCUUUUGUGUUUCCCUAUUUGGGGCUCAGUGGUUGAUGGGCUUCUUAAGCUUUUGGCACAGAGGAGAAGUACGAAUGACAAGAAUACGCAUUCUUCCUUGGCAUGUGUUCCUCGGCCUUUAUACAUAUGGCUUAGCAGUGGCAACAGCAGAAACAGGACUUCUCGAGAAGUUAACCUUCUUACAAACAAAAGGAGCUGUGCAGAAACGUUGCACAGAGUCGAUGAUCGUCAAUGGUAUGGGACUCAGUUUAGCUCUCCUCAGUGGCAUGGUUAUAUUUGCUGCUGUUUUGCCAAAGCAUCAGACACCACAUUCUAAGACCAUUUACUCUAGUAAUAAGCUACAUUCUUAGUUUUACAACCUCUCCGCCCUUCCAGGGUAGGGGUAAGGUUGCGUACAUCUUACCCUCCCCAGACCCCACUUGUCGGAAAUCAUUUUGUUUGUUGUUGUAUACUGAUGAUUAUCAUGUAAAUAUUUUUUUUUUGGUUGUUUUUGUAAAUGAAGAAAGUUCAUAAGUUCCUUUU